AUGGUCCUCCCCGCGCUCCCCUACCUCCAGCAUUUUGAUCAAGGGAACGCGGUGGGCUCGCGGAACCCGGCCGGCAGAGUGCGGCUGCCCGGAGCCACCGGCGCUGAGCAGGUGGGCACUGGGCCCCCUGCGUCCCUGUCCUCAGUGCACUGUGGUGACCAGGACACACAGAGCCCCAGGAAGGGGUCCAGUCAGUCCUGGGGGCCAGGCCAGGAGUGGACAAAGCUGGAAGCAGACACCGCGGAAGAAAAGCUGCUCCUGCAGGUGGAUGAGGCAGUGCGGUGGGAAGCCGUGGAGAGAGAGUGCUGGUGGGAGGCAUGGCUGGAGAAGCCAGUCACCUUUGACGAUGUGGCCGUGAAUUUCACGCAGGAAGAGUGGGUGUGUCUAGACGCCAGUCAGAGGGUCCUGUACCAAGAUGUCAUGUCCGAGACAUUCAGAAACCUGAUGUCUGUGGAUCUGAUCAUCGAGCUUGAACAAGAGGACAAACAGUGGCGGGCAGAGCUCCAGCUCCAUCCCCCAAAUGGAGAAGGCCUCCCUUCAGGCGGCAGGAAGAAGGCACUUCAGGCUGGGAGGCUGCGAGACCACAAGGGGUCCCUUGCCUGUGGAGGGGCAGGCCCAGCCUCUGCUGCCGCGGGGGCCACGCACAGGGCCCCCGCGCUGCCCGCAUCCCAGGCCGGGCCACCCUUCCUGUGCUACCUGUGUGGACGGAGUUUCAGCAAGCGCUCCAACCUGCACAGUCACCAGUUUGUACACAGUCCCCACACGGUGAACAGCUGCGGCCAGUGUGGGAAGUGCUUCCGAAACCCCAGGGACCUCAGCUACCACAGGCGCACACAUCUCGGGGAGAGGCCUUUCUGCUGCCCGCUCUGUGACAAGACCUACUGUGACGCGUCGGGGCUGAGCCGUCACCGCCGUGUCCAUCUGGGUUACCGGCCCCAUUCCUGCCCCUGCUGUGGGAAGGGCUUCCGGGACCGGUCCGAGCUCAAACGCCACCAGAAGACACACCAAAACCAGGAGCUGGUGGCCAGAGACCAGAAGCACAUUGGGAGGAUUCCAGGUACUGGAUCUCAGGAGCGCACUGACAGGAGCCAGCGGUCCAGCCAGGAGCUUGUGGCUGUGACCCACGCCCUGGUGGCCAGGACCCGAGAACCCACCACUGGAACCAAGGGUCCUGUGGCUGAGGGCCAGCCACCUAUCAACAGGAAGCAGGUGGUCACUGUGAGACGGUGGGCAUCAGCCAGUGCAGCCCCGGGGCCUGGGACCAGGACACAGACACCCAACACGAGAGCCCCCUCCCUGGACACCAGGCCCCACUGUCCCCCAGCAAAGCCCUCAAGACUCAAGGUCUUCUCUUGCCCCCAUUGCCCUUUGACUUUCAGCAAGAAAGCCUGUCUCUCUAGCCAUCAGAAGGCCCACCUCUUGGAGCAGCCCAGCGGCUGCUUCCGCUGUGGCAAGUCCUUUAGUUCAUUGUCGGGGCUGGCCAAACACCAGCAGAUGCACUGGAGGCAGAAGAUCUACCGUUGCCCCGUGUGUGAUGUCUGCUUUGGGGACAAGGAUGGCCUCAUGGGUCACUGGGGGGGCUCCAAAAGCAAGGACCUGUGUCUGGGCAACCUUCAGGCGUGCUGGGCCAUCCUGGGCCAAUGGCUCGGCUUCUUUCACCAUGCCCCCCCUUUGUCAGGGAAGGACAUGGAUCCCCCAGGAUCCAGGCUCCCAGGAGAGGGCAGGGAGGGCGGGGAGAAGGCACCGGAGGGGGGAAAGCAAAUGAGGCCACAAUACAUAAAGAAGCGGCCUUUCUGA